GAUUGCCAAUUCUAUGAGGGCAAUGCAGAUAUUUCGUGUUACAUUGAACUUCAUUGCCACUGCAAAAAUAUGGAACAGUGGACUCUACUUCAGACGGGAAGGCCAGAAGGGUAUUUCACAGGAGGAAAGGAUUUUAUAUAAAGAAGCUUUUCCAGUUGUUAUUUGUGAUCCAUCAGCACCCUUCAAUAUGUCAUUUCGUAUACCAAGGAUUGGUUUCAUUGAGCUCCAAGACGAGGCUGCUUUGACACUUAAGUGCAUAGAGAAAUGCAGAGAUGGUGGAUUUGAGGAGAUUUUUAUGACCAAGGUUGACUCUGCUGCUAAAUAUGACUAUUGCGUAAGAUACUAUUUUAGAUGAAAUGAUUUUUGGAGGCCAAGUGCUGGAAACAAGUUCUACAGAACUCGU